AUGGAGACCACGGCACCUAUCAAAGCCUCAUCCUUUGAUCACUUGGAACUCGAUCCAAACAAGGAGAGUGAAGGCUCUGCCGACGAGAUUGAAUGGACAGAAGCGGAAGAAACUUUGAUCAGAAGAAAGAUUGAUCGUCGAAUCGUCCCCGUGGUCACUGUUCUAUAUCUGUUCUGCUUCCUGGACCGUGCAAAUAUUGGAAAUGCUCGCAUCCAAGGAAUGGCGGUCGACCUCCACCUGGUUGGAUACCGAUUCAACUGGGCGCUGAGUGUCUUUUACAUCGUUUAUCUCCUGGUCGAAGUCCCCUCCAACAUUCUGCUCAAGUAUAUCGGUCCUCGAAUCUAUAUUCCACUGCUCGUUUUCGGCUUUGGCUUCGUCUCAAUCUGCACCGCCUUUGUCAAGAACUUCGCUCAGCUUUGCGUCGCUCGAGCCUUUUUGGGUGUCUUCGAAGGUGGCACCAUGCCUGGUAUUGCCUUUUACCUGUCUACAUUCUACAAGAGAAGAGAGUUGUACUUCCGAAUUGGUAUCUUCAUCUCGGCUGCCUCGAUUGCAGGUGCUUUCGGUGGUUUGUUCGCGACUGCUCUCUCACGUAUUCCACGAUGGGGUACCGAAUCGACACCUAUUCACACAUGGAGAAAUAUUUUCUUCUUUGAAGGAGUUCUCACUGUUAUCUUUGCUGCCCUCGCUCCACUAGUCAUGCCGUCGAACCCUCAGACGUGCAAAUUUCUGACCGAGAAAGAGCGAUACAUCGCCAAUGAGAGAUUGAUCCGUGAACACCGAGCUGACCCACACGAGAUUGUUCAAUGGAAGCACAUUAAGGCGGCCAUCUUCAACAUCAACAACAACGUUGCCGCCAUGGGCUUCUUCAUGAUCAACAUCACAGUCCAAGGAUUGUCCAUCUUCAUGCCCACCAUUCUCAACGACCUCGGAUGGACCGCAACCAAGGCUCAGCUUUACUCAGUUCCACCAUAUGUGUGUGCAUGUCUUUGCGCCAUUCUCAUUGCCUACAUUAGCGACAAGACCCGCAGGCGAGGCAUCUAUUUGGCAUGCGCCACAGCUCUUCCCAUUACCGGCUUCUCCAUUCUGAGAUGGAACACCAAUGCCAAUGUCCGUUACAUGGCUGUUUACUUCAUCACCGUCGGCGCAUUCCCCGGUGGUCCAGGAUUCAUGUCCUGGGGUAUCAAUAACUCCUCCGGUCCUGCGGUCAGAGCUGUAGCGACUGCUUGGAUUGUUAGCGUGGGAACUUUGGGUGGAGUCCUUGCUACAUGGACAUAUUUGGUACGGGAUGCACCUCGCUACCCGAUCGGCCACUCUAUCAACCUGGGGGCCCAGAUCAUUGUUUUGUGUUUGGCAAGCUUCGGUAUCGCAUACAAUCUCAGGGAGAACAGGUUGCGGGAUGCAGGAAAGCGCAAUCAUCGUCUGGAGGGUCUGAAUGAACAACAGAAGAGGGACCUGGGACACCACCAUCCGGACUUCCGCUACAUUCAAUGAUUCAUUGAUUCAUGGCAUGGCCGUACCCGUCAGGGAUUAUCGCCCGAGCAGUAGGCAGUUUACCCAGUUUGAAAACAUGGGGAGCGAGUUUGUACCUAGUUGGAUGAUUCGAGAAUGCAUUUUGUUGAGCGACAUUUGUCUGUAGAAUAGCAAUAUAUUGGCAGAGGCAAA